UAUGUAAAGUGUUUUUAGCUUUUAUCUCUCCUUAUCCCUUUGAAAAAAAUAUAAUGGAGGAAGAGGAGGUAAGGAAGAGAGCGACUGAUGAAGUUGGUGGCUUUGAUGGCGCCGAGUCUCCGGUGUUGAAACGACAGAGAGAGGAGGGAACAGCUGAGUUGAACGAUGACGUCAUGGCGUGGUUAUCGAUGGAAGGUAGUGAGACUGACUCAAUGAGUGAGUUGUUGAAGCUUUUGGACGAUUCAGCAGAAGCUACCACGUCAGCGUCUUCGUCGACGUCUUCUCCGUCGUCGUAUGGGAUGAGGGUAAGGUUCAGCGACAACCCGUACUCAUCAACUUUAAUUUUUCAGUCGUCGUCUUCGUACAUCACUAUCAACGGCAACGAAGAGAGUUGCGGCUCGUCGUUUUCGGAUUCGGAGUCCAGCGUGAUGGCAAGUGUGGACAUGAGAGGGAUUUUAAGCGCGAAUGUGAAGGUCGGGAGUGAUUUGCAGGGAAUCAGAGAGUGGUUGGAAGCGGAGGAAGGAGGCACGUGGGGUAAAAGCGAGGAAGAGGCGCGUGGGUGGACGGUGGAUUGGGAAUGGGAACGGGAAUGGGACGAAGAGCAGCUGGCGAGUUUCUUGGGCGGGGAGUGCCUUUUCUGAAAAUCUGAACUGGAAUUUUCUGAGUAAACGUGAACAGUUAUGACCGCCUUGUUUAAAUUUAAUUUAAAAUAUAAUUUCUUUUGGCCUGGUUUUGGAAAAUGAGAUGGGGUUUUAACUUUUGUUAAUACUAGAAAUUUAGAGAAUAGGAAUUUCCUUUGUCUGAGCAAAAAGAAAAAAAAAAAUCAACAAAUAAUCAGAAUAGAAAGCAGCUGAAGUAAUUGUCACAAUUUGAAUUUCUCCUCCUGCAGCUUUUUCCUUUCUGUUUCUUUAUCAUUUUUUAUUUUAAUUGCUCAAUUACAAUGAAAAUGGUGUCUCAUGAAGAAGAAGUAAAAGGCUCUGGCAAUGGGAAAGCAUAAAAAACUAACGGAAGGGCACACAUAAAUGUCCAGGAACAUUCCAAUUGAUUUGAAAUGAAAUCCUGACGGAACCUUUGAAAGACGUUUGUAACGUAGUAGCAGGAGGAAUGGUUUAUAGGGCGU